CAAGAUGUACUGCUGUGAUGGUAAUGAUGCUCAGAAGACUCUUCUUGCGGAAAGUGGAGAGCCUUUGACCAAAUUGACCCAAUGGAAUCUUAAUUUUGGUGAUGGAGGUCGUCCAUUCUCAAUCACCGAAAAUCGUCAAUUGAAUAUAAUUAGAGAUACUUUGAAACAAGAAUAUACUGAUUUUUUGAAUGAAAAUAAAAUCGAUUUUAUUAUCAGUCCUGCUUACAAUAAUGUUGCACCUAGACCAGAAGAAAUUUAUAAUUGGUCUUACACUUCCCUUUUCAAUAUCUUAGAUUUACCUACUUUAGCUUUCCAAACUGGAUUGUUUCAAGAUCCUAAAGUCGAUAAAUGGGAUGAUAGUCAUAGCACCUAUGAAUUUAGAAGCGACUUAGAGAAAUUAGAAUUGGAUAAUUAUAUUCCAGAAAAUUUCACUGGCGCACCUAUUGGUUUACAAUUGUCCGGUAGAAGAUACUUUGAUGAAGAAGUUGUGGCUGCUGGUAAAUCUAUUACUAAAGCUUUAGGAGCUGACUUAUACAAAGUCUAUUAA